AAAUGUUAAAAAAAAAAUUAAAAAAACCUGCCUCAGAUAGGUUACCUUGGAGAGGGCUCGGUAUUUAAAGCCAGUUGCUUUUUUUCCGCUACAUUCUUGUUAAAUUACGACGUUGAUUUGGCAACCCUUAUUGAAAGAAUUUUAUUGCGUGAGGUUUUACGCUGAUUGGUAUUUUAUUUACCAAUUAAAGUGAUCGCAUUCUAACCUUACUUUGUUGUUCUAGGUUUUGAUAGUUUCUGAAUUUUGUCAGGAAAUUAGUGAAAUGUCGCGUGUCGAUCUGCAUGGUUGGGUGGAUGAGCAGUUAUCAUCUGUAUUAAAUUUUCCUGUUCCUGAAGAUUUGAUAAGGUACAUUUUAGCCAUUGAAAAUGUUAGAGAUCUAGAGGAUUAUCUGAAGACACUUUUGGAUUUCAACAACUCUCAACACCGCAGAUUUUUUUCUGAAUUGCUGGAACAGAGACAGCUAGCGAUGAAUGCCAAUGUAUUGGAUGCCCAUGGUUACAAGAAGCCACCCAAAGAACAGGAUUUUGUCAUGCCCAAACAUGAGAAGAAGAAAAAAUCAAAAAUUUUGACGGAAGAAAAUGUGGUAUUCCAAAAUCCUGCUGAGGAGACCAUCCAAACCAAGAGGAAACAAAAGUAUGUUAAUUUGUAUUCUCAAGAAGGUCAAGAAAAAGAUGUAAUACUGUUAAAAGGUCGCCAUGCGUGCGAGUGUCAAGCUAGCAAGCACCGCCUGAUCAACAAUUGCUUGAAGUGCGGCCGCAUUGUGUGCGAGCAGGAAGGAUCUGGUCCAUGCCUCUUUUGCAAUGCUUUGGUUUGUUCUCCUGAAGAGCAAGAAGUGUUAAAUUCCAAAACGAAGAAGGCGGAGAAGCUCUACCAAAAAUUGGUGGAUGUCAAAGACCCGCAGAACAGGGAAAAAGCUUUACAGCAACGAGAUCGCCUGCUGGAAUACGACCGCACGAGUGAACGACGGACAAGGGUGAUUGACGAUGAGAGCGACUACUUUGCGGCGAAUUCAGUGUGGCUGACCAAGGCGGAACGGGAAAAACUUCAAGAAAAAGAAGCAGAAUCAAGGGCAAAGAGACAUGCAUCCCAAAGGAACAAAAAGAUAACCUUGGAUUUUGCAGGUCGCCAAGUAAUUGAAGAAAGAGGGGAUUCUGAUGUGUAUGAAAAUAUUGAUGAGUAUUUGCAAAACUCUAGUGUCAACACCAGUGCCAACAUGGAUGAUAGGUCGGAAUUCCCAGACAUAUUAUCCUCAUUGUCUUUGUUUCAGGAGUCGUCGUUUUCCCUUGAUGAAGAUACUUUGAAAAACCACAUGUCUGGCUUGACACCAGACAGGAACUGUUACAGAAUCCAGGACCGAGAGUUCCUAGAGAUGUCCGACGAAGGAUUCUGCCUCAGUAUGCACCAGCCGUGGGCUUCGCUCCUCGUGCACGGCAUCAAAGUUCAUGAGGGCCGCACAUGGUACACACCACAUCGUGGGCGGUUGUGGAUUGCUGCAGGAUCAAAAGUACCUAACCCUCAGGAUAUCACUGAAUUUGAAAAUGUCUACCGUAUACUAUUAGCAGAUGAGAACAUCAAGUUCCCCACCAGCUACCCUGUUGGCUGCCUUCUGGGAUGUGUGAACGUGGUGGACUGCCUGCCCCAGGAGGAAUACCGAGAAAAGUUUCCAGAUGGAGAGAGCGACAGCCCAUUCGUGUUCAUUUGUAGAGAGCCAAAAGAGCUGCCCAUCAAGUUCCCCAUCCAGGGUAAACACAAAAUAUAUAAACUGGAUCCUAAAAUUCACGAAGCAGCCAAGAAUUUACUUAUGCGAUCUGCACGGCAAAAGGCUCAAGAAAAGUUUUCGCAUGAAUUGUAAAUUUAUUUUUAUUUUUAAGUGUGUGUAUGAUAUGUAUUUUGUUACUGUUAAAAUUAAAAAGAAGUGAUUUUAA